UCACCAGUAAGUCGAUAAGGAGGUCAUCUGCACAAUACGUCAGGCGUAUUGAUUUACGAAAUAAGAUCUCCAUCGAACGGCCGAAAAUUGGACAUAGGAUGAUUAUUAUCUUGAAGAGACCAAUUCAUCGAAACAAAUGUUGCGAAGAGAGAAGAAAAAGAAUGCAUGCUCUGCUAUGUAGAAGGAUGGCCGUUGGAACCAUAUAUCGAACACUUGCCGCACCAGCCUCUUUCCACUACAUUUCUUCUUCUUUUUCCUUUUGCACUCUAAACCCGGAUGUUUCCUUCGAAGGAAACACAAAAGGGGAGGAACCCAAGUGUUUAUCUUGGAGGGUUGAGAAGCUUCCCAGAGGAGAAUCGGUUGUCUCUGCCUUCCAGAGCUGGAUGGGCGAGGGGUUUUCGAUUCACAGAGGCCAUGUCUUCCAUACAAUUAAUCGCUUGAGGAAGCUCAAUAAGAACAAGCGUGCGCUUGAGGUGAUGGAGUGGGUUAUUAGGGAGAGGCCUUACAAGCUGAAAGAACUUGACUACUCUUAUCUGUUGGAAUUCACAAUAAAGCUUCAUGGGAUAUCUCAUGGUGAGAAACUUUUCUCUCGUAUCCCUUCAGAAUUCCGGAACGAGUUGCUGUACAACAAUCUUGUCAUCGCUUGCUUGGAUAAGGGUGUAAUCAGGCUUUCAUUGGCAUACAUGAAAAAAAUGAGGGAACUGGGCCACCCUAUCUCUCCAUUGGUCUUCAACCGGCUCAUAAUCCUUCACUCAUCACCUGGCCGCAAGAAAGUGAUUCCAAGAAUUCUCACCCAAAUGAAGGCGGAUGGUGUAACCCCUCAUGUCUCCACAUAUAAUAUUCUCUUGAAGAUAGAAGCUAAUCAGCAGAAUAUUGAGGGGUUGGUCAAAGUGUUUGAAGAGAUGAAGCGGGCAAAAGUUGAGCCUAACGAGAUAACCUACUGUAUUUUAGCUACUGCACAUGCCGUGGCAAGGUUGUAUACUGUGGCUGAAGCCUAUGUUGAAGCAGUGGAAAAGUCCAAGACAGGGAAUAAUUGGUCAACAUUUGAUGUUCUGCUCAUAUUGUAUGGGUAUUUGAGGAAGGAGAAACACCUAGAGUGCACAUGGUGUUCCGUGCAAGAGCUCCCCCAUGUUAGAUCUAAGAGUUUUGUGCUGGCAAUUGAAGCAUUUGGGAGGAUUGGCCGUGUAGAUCAAGCUGAGGAGCUUUGGUUAGAAAUGAAGUCAAGAAAAGAGUUGAAGUCAACUGAGCAGUUUAAUUCAAUUAUAUCAGUGUAUUGCAAACAUGGACUAAUUGAUAAAGCUUCAGAGUUAUUUAAGGAAUUGGAGGCAAAUGGGGGCAAACCAAAUGCAAUUACUUACCGACAUCUUACACUGGGCUGUUUGAAGGCAGGGUUGGUACAAGAAGCCUUGAAGACCCUAAAGAUGGGGAUGGAUCAGACAGCCACAAAAACAGUUCGGAGAUCAACCCCAUGGCUGGAGACAACUCAUUCAAUAGUUGAAAUUUUUGCAGACAUGGGUGAUCUGGAGAAUGUGAAGAAGCUGUUUGCAGAGUUGCAAGAAGCAAGGUAUACCAGAUAUACUUUUGUAUACAAUACCCUGAUAAGGGCCCAUCUGAAGGCUAAGGUUUAUGAUCCAGACCUCUUGCGGAAGAUGAUUCUAGGAGGGGCUAGACCAGAUUCUGAGACCUAUAGUCUCAUGAAACUUCUAGAGCAGUUUCAGGACUGACUUUGGCUUGUAAACAAGGAUAGUGUGCUAUUUAUAUUUUAUUUGCAUUCCUUGAAACCUAAAAGUAGAAUUGUGGAUAAAAAGUUGAAUGUGGAGGAAAGGAAUAUCAUGAGGACAUAUUCCAGAUUAUGGUCAAAUGUGGUAGUCCAAUUUGAGAUUUGUAUCACUCAUGAGAGGUUUGGAUACUUUCCACUUCAGCCGUGUGCGUAAAUGUGGUUCUGUCCUUCUAUGUGCACAAAUCAGCUUUCCAACCAGAUUGCUCUUCAUGACAGCCUUAGACAUCUUCACGGCAAUCAAACAUCAUCCUUUUAUCCUUGGGCUAGAAAUUCAUUCUGUAUCUGUUCCUACUUGUCUGCAAGACUGCAACUGUAAUUACUUUGCACUGGCACCUAUUACUUUUAAUAAUUUAUAGACCAUAAAAGUUGGGGGAAGAGAAACUUCACUUUUGUAGACAAAAAAAAAAAAAAAAA